CUUCCCGAGGCACGUGCUCGCUGGCCGCGGGGCCAGAAUAAAAGAGUCAAAAUUGGAGCGCCCCCAUACCCCACCCCCCCUACGAUCCCCGACGCGCACAGAAAAUUCUGGUGGCAAUCCUCUCCUCCUCCCACCCCGGGGAAGAAGAAGCCUCUCGAUCCCCCGAGAAGGGGCGCUCUUCCCCGCGGAUCUCCUCCCUCCGAGAGAUCUGUACCGAGCGAGCGGGCGAGGGCUCGAUCCGCCGAUGGAGGAGGCGGCGGCGACGGAGACCGUGACGGAGACGGGUACGCCGGAGAAGUCGUCCUACAGGUACUGGGUGCGGCAGGCCACGGGCGAGGCGGCGCCCCUCCCCGUGCCCCGCAAGCUCGACCCCGCCGCCGCAAACGGCGUUGGCGGCGGCAACCCCAACGCGCCGCCGUCCCUCGGCUCCGUCUGGAAUCAGGCUGGAACAUGGGAGGAAAAGAACCUCAAUUCAUGGGCUAAUGGUAGGAUAAAGGAUUUGUUGGGUUCUUUAGGUUCACUGGAUUUCUCCACAGGGAAGGCAUCCAUUGAUGAAGUCACCAAAUGCUCCGGCGAUGCAUUUCUAGUAACGGUCCGUAAUAAGAAGAGAGUAGGUUAUAAUUAUGAACUGAGCUUGAGAUUUAAAGGUGAAUGGUUAAUCAAGGAAGAGAAAAAGAAAGUCACUGGCCAUAUAGACAUCCCUGAGUUUUCCUUGGGUGAGCUUGAUGACCUAGAGGCAGAAGUGAGGUUCACCGAUACCCUUGAAUGGGACGACAAGUCGCGGAUCAGCAAGGAUGUGAAAUCAUUCCUUUCUCCCAUCAGGGAGAAGCUGGGUACCUUCGAGCAAGAGCUGAAAGAUAGGUAGGGAAAUGCCGGCAGGCGCCACGCGCUGUUUUCAGUAUUUGUUACCCAUUCUUGUAGCUCGGACUAUCUUUGUUGUGUUGGAUUAAGCGUUGCUGUCUAGACUCGAGGUCAUGUUAUUCUUGUUUCUCCAGUCAGUGUAAGGUUACAUGGUUUGCCACAUGUCGGUUGAUGACUUAGGUUCUGUGUCAAUGUGCUCUUACUCUUAGAGUCAUGAACUCAACAGAAACAUUUGAUGAUGAUGAUGAUUACGAUA